GCCCUCUUCUCUGCCUCUGCUAUGGACACUUCUGCUUUCAGCCUCCCCACACCAGCAGUGUCAGAGGAGGGGAAUGUCUCUGGCAGCUGGGCAGGCUUCACCACCCCCAACAGUUCCACCACCGCCAGCCCUGGUGUGGUUGUCAGUGGUGUCCUCAUCCCCCUGGUCUACCUCAUUGUCUGUGUGGUGGGGCUGGCUGGGAAUUCUCUGGUCAUUUACGUGGUCCUGCGGCACUCUGUGAGCGAGUCGGUGACUAACGUCUACAUCUUGAACCUGGCCCUAGCUGAUGAGCUCUUCAUGCUGGGACUGCCGUUCCUGGCUGCACAAAAUGCCCUGUCCUACUGGCCGUUUGGGUCCUUCAUGUGCCGCCUGGUGAUGGCCGUGGAUGCCAUCAACCAGUUCACCAGCAUCUUCUGCCUGACGGUGAUGAGUGUUGAUCGCUACCUGGCUGUGGUCCACCCAGGGAAGUCCUCCAAAUGGCGGACAGCACGGGUGGCCAAGGCUGUGAGUGCAACUGUGUGGGUGCUGUCUUCCAUAGUGGUGCUGCCCGUGGUCGUCUUCUCAGAUGUCCCUUUAGGGAUGAGCACAUGCCACAUCCAGUGGCCAGAGCCUGCCUCAGUGUGGAAAGCUGGCUUCAUCGUCUACACUGCCACCCUGGGCUUCUUUGGGCCACUGUUGGUGAUUUGUCUCUGCUAUCUGCUUAUCGUUGUGAAGGUUCGUUCCUCUGGCAGGCGGGUGAGGGCUCUGUCCUCCAAGCACAAGCUUUCAGAGCGCAGAGUGACCCGCAUGGUGGUGGCUGUUGUGGCUGUCUUCGUUCUUUGCUGGCUCCCCUUCUAUGUCCUCAACAUAAUCAAUGUCGUCUGCCCACUGCCAGAGGAGCCAUCCCUCUUUGGUGUCUACUUCCUCGUGGUGGUGCUGCCAUAUGCCAACAGCUGUGCCAAUCCUAUCAUCUAUGGCUUCCUCUCCUACCGCUUCAAGCAGGGCUUCCGGAGGGCCAUCCUCAGGCCAUCCCGCCGAGUCCAGAGCCAGGAGGUGCCAGCAUGCCCCCCAGAGAAGACUGAUGAUGAAGGGGAAGAGGGCGAGAUCAGCAAGAUCACCCAGAAUGGUAAUGACAGACAGGAUCACCCUCUAAGCAGUGGGGAAGGAGAAAGCAAUGAGCAAAAACCACUCCCUGAGGAGCCUGUGGGAUGCGAAAAGAGCAGCAACAAGUUGCAUGUCAGUUAUUUAUGAUGAAAGGGAUGGCGCAGGGGAAAGAGACAUUGGGACACAGAAUCCCCUUCACCCUCUGUGCUUUUCAACCUCAAAGGCAAUGGGAGACGUUGAUACAGGGAAUAUUGAAGUCCAAGGCUCUGCUUAAAGAUGAGAGGGCUCCAUGAACUUGUGGAAAAAGCAAGGCGUCGUUCUUGGCUUUGGAAGGGACACCUGAGGUUUGUGUGGUACCAGGCAAAGGAAGGACUGCAUCCAGGGGGAGCUGAAGAGGUGAUGGGCACUGACAGUAUGGAGAGAGCAAGGUCAGCUCUAGAUUGCACAAUCCAUCCUUAGAUCACCCAGCUGUGAAGGGCAUCAGCUGCCAUCUGAGUGUGGCACCUCAAGGAAGUCCUCAAAUGGCACAUGCAACAAACAGGCAUCCCAGUGCCUUGAUUAUCUUCCUUAUAAACAUGAGAAGCGGUUUACCCUAAAAGAAAAACAGGAAGGAAAAAUGUCUGCAGCAAAGACAUACCAGCCAGUUGCAUGAACGGCUGACUCUUCUCUAGCUCUCCAGUAAGUUUUGGGGACAACUUUCCUACCCAUGCUGGUAGUGGCUGGAGACCACUAUG